GCCGCCGCGCUUUUCCGGUUCCACCACCUCGGGGGCAGCUCGUUGUUCGCGGACUGACGGUGUCAUCGUCCACCCCUCUGCACCAUGUCCGGUGGCCUCCUGAAGGCGCUGCGCAGCGACUCCUACGUGGAGCUGAGCCAGUACCGGGAUCAGCACUUCCGGGGUGACAAUGAAGAACAGGAAAAAUUACUGAAGAAAAGCUGUACAUUGUAUGUUGGAAAUCUUUCCUUUUACACAACUGAAGAACAAAUCUAUGAACUCUUCAGCAAAAGUGGUGACAUAAAGAAAAUCAUUAUGGGCCUGGACAAAAUGAAGAAAACAGCAUGUGGCUUCUGCUUUGUGGAAUACUAUUCAAGAGCAGAUGCAGAAAAUGCCAUGCGGUACAUAAAUGGAACUCGUCUGGAUGACCGGAUCAUUCGUACAGACUGGGAUGCAGGCUUUAAGGAGGGCAGGCAGUAUGGCCGUGGACGGUCUGGGGGCCAGGUACGAGAUGAGUAUCGACAGGACUAUGAUGCUGGGAGAGGGGGCUACGGAAAACUAGCCCAGAACCAGUGAGCAGUGAACCCCGUCAUGAAAAACUCGCUCCUUUGGCCGCUGAAUUCGAGAUACAUUACCCAAGGUCUGCAAACCUGCCAUUUUUACCAAGUUUUGAGAGCCAGAAGCCCACUUCAUGGUUUCCCUCUGAAAAUUAUAAAAGGACAAAAUUCAAAAGAAUGCCUUUAAUUCUAGUCUUAGAAUACUGGCCAUGUGUCAGGUUACCAUAAUUAUUUCCUUACCAGGUCAAAAAUUGUGUUCCUUAGCAACAGAUUUUAUCUAUACUAUGGAUCUACCAGGAAAAGAAAAGAAAACAAACCACCAUACCCACAAAAACACUUAGAAAAGUUGAAAAAAAUUAAAAUUUUGUUUGCCAUGCUUAUGUCUAAGGUUCAAGGUCUAUACUGGGGCCUGGAAAUACUGUUUAAAAAUUUUUAAGUUUCCCUGAGAUAAAAUUUAAUAAAUGAAGUUUUGAGAUAUUGUAUAGCUUUGUUUUUCAAAUCCUCACCUGAGAACAUGCCUAUUGGAUUUAGAGAGAGGUGAAGGGAGGGGGAGGGAGAGGGAGAGAAACACCGCUGUGAGAGAGCAAUCUCGGUUGGUUGCUGCACAUGCCCCGCAACUGGGUGGGGGCCAAACCUGCAACCUAGGCAUGUGCCCUGACUAUGAACUGAACCUGUAACCUUUUGGUUUACCCAGGGCAAUGUUGUAUAGUUUUGCUCUAAAUUAGGAACAGAUGUUUGACAACUUUAUUUCUAAAUUGGAUUCUAAUCUCUGAAGGCAAACUUAGAUGUCAAGAAAAUUCCCUAAAUAGUUGGUCCGAAAGUAAGCCUUAUAGUCCCAGGGGAUAUACCACCCGCUUACAUGCUUUAUAUAUCAGGAAAUUAGGUAUGGGAAUUGAAAAGUAUUUACUAAACACAUUUUUUCAAAAGAUGUGAUUUUCCUGAAAACAAGGGCAGUUUGUAGUACAGAGAACCUUGAUAUUCUAAGGGAAGUGGGGGACACUGUCAGUAGGAAACGGGAUGAAAUAUCAGAGGACAGCAGUUAAAACAUUGCCUUAAUGUGCUAAAGGUUGCUGUGAGGGCCACCAGAUUCUUUUCAUUUUCAGAGUGAUCUUGGGAAUGGAGUAAGUUUUUAAAAGCUUAAAGAUCAAAAGACUGCCUAACAAAAAUGAUCAGAAAUGCUUCCCUCAGGAAUUGUGUUCUGGCCAAUUUUCAUGUUGAAGUCUGUCUUGUUUUUUUGCUAACUGUGUUUACUGAGUUUCAGAGCCUUGAUAGUGACCGUCUCCAGAGAGGAGAGCCUAAAUGUAUUUACUUUGCGUUUGUAAGGCAAGAGGUGAUUUCUAAUAGUAUGUUGAACUAUUGCUCAUUUACAACUGCUAACCUAGUAUAAUCUUCCCUGCUGUGACAGUUCUUUUCAUCUAGCAACAAAGUAUCUCUAAACUUUCUGUAGUUUAUGAAACUUCUGGCUGAAGUAUGUCAAUUGUGAACAUCUUUUGACACCACAGUAAGUAUAGGUCUUAUUAAAUUAAAACUCGUUACUUGAAUUUUUAAAAGAGCUGUUAACUACUUACAAGUGUUUAGGAAAAAACCAUUUGCAAUUAUUUAAUUUCAUGAGGACAAACUAUUUUUUAAAAUUUCUUUUUACACUAUAGUUUGAAUUUAAUGUAUUUUAUAUUCUUUUGUAAUAAAACAUAACUCAGAUUUCAACAGGCUUGAAAACCGCAGACAGUGGUUUUAUUUGGAAUUGUGUCUUCUGUAACAGAUUUCAAUAAAGUUGGGCCAACUUAUCCUUGUCUGUGCCCAUUUCCUCACCUAUAAAGAGGGACACUGGAACCCUCUUACUCUGCAAUAUUUAUUAAUGUGUUUUGGGGCAAUCUAUGAAUAAUGUACAGAAUUUGCAUGUCCAUUCUGAGUUACCUAAUAUGUCAGUCACUAGCCACAU